AUGGCGGCUGCGGCGAAGAGGUUCAGGUUCGCAGGGCUGCAGCUGUUGGUGGGGGCGGACAAGGAGGCCAACCUUGCCCGUGCUCGCGACCUCAUUGCACAGGCAGAGUGCUUCAACUGCCCCUACUCGAACGACUCUUUCCCGACGUAUGCAGAGGCAGUCCCAGGCGGGCCUUCGGCGGCCAUGCUGCAAGAGGCUGCCCGCAAGCACUCUGUGUACCUCGUUGGCGGCUCCAUCCCCGAGCGUGAAGGCGAUAAGUUGUACAAUACGAGCGUCGUGUACGACCCGCAGGGAAACCUCAUCGCCAAGCACCGAAAGGUGGUGGUGCACCUCUUCGACAUCAGCGUGCCGCCUGGCGAAGGAAGGCCCGGCAUGACGUUCAAGUACGUCGCAAUGCAAUCGCUCUUUGCGCAACGUCAGUGGUGUGAUGUGGGUCUGGGCAUUUGCUACGACAUGCGCUUCCCCGAGAUGGCGCAAGUGCUGACCAAGCGCGGAGUGAAGCUCUUGGUCUAUCCGGGAGCCUUUAACACCACCACUGGGCCGGCUCACUGGGAGCUGCUCCAGCGCGCGCGGGCCGUGGACAACCAGUGUCGCCCGCUCGCAAUCCCUGAUUCCAAGUACCAGGCCUGGGGACACUCGACGGUCGUUGAUCCCUGGGGAACGAUCGUGGCCACCACCGAGCACGACGAAGCGAUCACCUACGCCGACAUCCACCUGGACAAAGUGGACGAGGUCAGGCAGAUGAUACCCGUCUCCCUGCAAAAGAGGCACGACCUCUACGAAGUCAAGGAGGUCCAGUGA